UAGCGUGUAGCUGUGAAUAGCAGCCGAGUCUAGAGAUCCGCAUAGUGCAGACGUUUUGCUUGUAAUACUUUCACAAUACUCUACCUUUUUGUCUGCAACUAGAAUGUCUUAUCUUCUCAAGGUGGAUAAUGCAAUCAAGACAAAGGUUGAUGCUUUCAGAGAACGAAUUACUGGUGAAGCAGAGGACUUGGUGGCAAAUUUCUUUCCAAAGAAAUUAUUGGAACUAGAUAAUUUUCUGAAGGAGCCUAUCUUAAACAUUGUGGAAUUAAAAGAUAUCCAUUCAGAAAUAAACUUGACGGUGCCAGACCCAAUCUUGCUCACAAACAGUCAUGAUGCAUUGGAACAUCAAAAUGCCAAAAAGAGAAAGCUGGAUGAUGAUGCAGGUGAUGGAAAUUGUCAAGUGGCAGGUACCAAGGUAUUUGUGAUGCCCAAUGGGAUGAUGAGGAGUAAUAAGCAGCUGGUGGACCUUAUAGAAAAAGUGAAGCCAGAGAUCAGGACUCUUAUAGAAAAAUGCAAUACAGUUAAAAUGUGGGUUCAGCUGUUAAUUCCAAGAAUAGAAGAUGGCAACAACUUUGGUGUAUCUAUUCAGGAAGAGACUGUAGCGGAGCUCCGGACUGUUGAGGGGGAGGCGGCUUCCUAUCUGGACCAGAUUUCAAGAUACUACAUCACAAGAGCAAAACUGGUGUCCAAAAUAGCUAAAUAUCCACAUGUGGAGGACUACCGGUGCACGGUGACGGAAAUUGACGAAAAAGAGUACAUCAGCCUGAAAAUCAUUGUGUCCGAACUGAGGAAUCAAUACGUAACACUGCAUGACAUGAUUCUCAAAAAUAUUGAGAAGAUCAAGAGACCCAGAAGCAGCAAUGCAGAGACCCUUUAUUAGGAAAGAACUUUUUUAUUUUAAUUUUUUUUUAAAGGGAAUCCAAGUACUGUUAUCAUAGCUGAAGACCAUGAUUGCCUUGGGUUUGUUUCCGAGCAAAUGGACUGUCAAGAUUGGAAUAACUGGCUGGAAUUGUAAAGCAUACGAUACUUCAAGCUUCUAUGUUAGUAUGAAAAAAGAAACUUAUUUUUUUUAUGUUUUUGUGAUGUGUUGCAAUUUUAAACCUCAGGUAUUCUUUCUUGAGAAUGCUUACUUCAUACGGAAGAAUGUCUUCUACGAACCAAGAUAAGAACCAUUAGUAUGCUUCAUGUUAAGUGCUAUAAAGACUUGUUUCUCUUUCUCUCUGUAACAGGUCUUCAGUUACAAUGAUACCUUUUUAUAGCGCUUGUAAUUUAGAGAUUGGGACUUCAAUUGUGCUGAACUGGACCAAUUUUACAAACUACCCAUUUCUCAAAUAAUUUCAUUACUUUUGGUUCCCUUUUAAAAUCCUGCUUUUUUUUUUUUUUUUUUUUUUUUAAAGCAUGUUUUUGAAAACAAUAUGUUCAAUACCUUUAUUACUUGGUUUCAGUUCUGUUGCAAUUUUCGGAUUUAUCUCAGACGACUUUGUUCCAGAGAGAAGAAUUUGAAGAUGUGUAGCACAUUGUAUAGUUUUACAACAGGUUUUCAGAUCUUUAGUAUUCUGUAACCAAGAAAUGGUCUACAGUAUAUUUAAAGUGAGGUGCCUCCUGUUUGACUUAUCAAAGCACCACUGUUUUGCAUUGGUCGAAGUAAAUAUAAAGAGUAAGCGGCUGUCCAAAUUAAACAAGAGGCAUUUGAGACUACCAUAGUCACACUUUUAUGUUUAUAAAAGAAAGGAAUGACAUCACGUU